GCCCUAACUCUGCCGCUGCUCUCGCUGCUCUCUCACCUUCGCGUCGUCGGCCACUCAACCUCUCUUUGAUAGUAGGUUCUCGAUCGCGCGCUGACUUUUCAUCAUCUCUCUCGAUAGAUCAACGCCUCAGUCAAACUCUGAUGCCUGUAAUGGGUAUAUGAAAUGACAGUUGUUUCUAUUUAAUUAGUAUCAGACAUGCUUGUAUUGGUGGAAUGUUAGACUGAUGAAGAAUCAGAACUGUGGGGUAACUGAGUUAGAAGAUUGCAUGAAACUGGACUAAAGUUAUUUUGGAGCUUUCUAGUUGAGAACAUGUGGAGUGGGUUGUACAUGUUUUUCUUCAUGAAUGCAUGAUAAAUUUCUUAUUGGUUGCUUUUACAAGUGAACUAUUGGAAUUAUUAACUCAAGCUCUUUCCUUUCUCUAAAUGAGAAGCUGAUGCCAAGAGAGAUUGGGCAUUUAACUUCCCUUCAAACCUUACCAUUAUUUGUUGUGAGUAGGGCAAACUUGGACCAACUUGGAUGCCUAAGUCAACUUGGAGGAGCAUUGAAAAUAUGCAACCUUGAAUUUGCCAGAGUUAUGUCAUCAGAAGCCGUCAAAGCAAACUUGGACAAGAAGACAAAAUUGUAUGAGUUGGAAGUUGGAUGGAAUAGAAACAAUGAAGACUACAACAAUUAUGAGGUUUUGGAAGGCCUAAGACCUCCCUCAAAUUUGAAAUACUUGAAAAUUGAAGGUUAUAAGGGAGAAAAGUUUCCGUCGUGGCUGGAGAUGGGUGUUAAUUUUUUUGGCGAUUCCUCUCCACUAAACAAUCUGUUGACUUUGAAAUUACAUGACUGUAAUGAAUGUGUAGAGAUUUUGAGUUUGGGAUUCACACCUAAGCUCGAGGAUCUUGAAAUAAGACGAAUGCCGAAGGUGAAACGUAUGGGCAGCAAGUUUUGUCUUGACAGGAGUAGUUAUGGUGACAAAAAAUCAAUCAUAUUGUUCCCAGCUUUGAAAAGACUCACUAUAUGGGACAUGGAAAUCCUAGAGGAAUGGGCAGAAAUAGAAGGUACCACCAUCUUUCCUUGCCUUGAGGAUUUGUAUGUUGGAAAUCUUCCGAAGUUAAAGACCUGGUCAAUGAGUGGAUUUUCAUCUCAUCAUAAGCUCUCAUGUGCGGAGAUAUUCAAUUGUCCGAACCUGGUGACUCUUCCAAGUAUGGAACGGCUCUUGUCUCUUGAAAGUUUAGACUUAACCAAAUUAGGAUCUCUCCCAAGUGGGCUGGGCUCCUGCAUCUCUCUAGAGUAUUUGCGCCUUAAACGGUGCUGUAUGUCCUCUCUGAGCAUGAAGGAGAUGAUCUCUCUUCCAACAUUAGAAAUUUCUUGGUGUGAAGAACUGGUUUGUGUGUCAGGGCUGGAAUCUUGCAUCUCUCUCGGAGAGUUGACUAUUGUCGAUUGUGACAAUCUAAUCUCUAUUUCAGAAGAUGUUGGAAGAUCAAGUUCGCUUACUUUUGUGGAGCUUACUGGUUGCAAAAAUCUAAGGAGCAUUCCAGAGGAGUGGCUGGGUAGGAAUACCCAGUUGAAGGAGUUAAAAAUCGGUCCUUUCUGGUCAGAGUUGGAGGACUAUCCAGGGCUCACUUUCAUCCAUCAACUCCACGCUUCCCUUGAAGAAUUGCAAUUGAUCGGAUGGGAUAAACUAAAGACUCUGCCACAUCAGCUUCAACAUCUCACUGCCCUCAAGCAAUUGAGGUUAUGGGAGUUCAAUGGCCUGGAAGCUUUGCCAGAGUGGUUGGGAGACCUCUCUUCUCUUCACAGGCUGGAGAUUAGGAAUUGCUCUAAUUUGACUCAUCUGCCUUCUAUUGAAGCCAUCCAACGCCUCUCCAACUUACAAUCUCUUAGCAUUUGGGGUUGUCCCAAAUUAGAAGAAAGAUGCGCCGAAGAGAGCGGCCCCGAAUGGGCCAAUAUUUCCCACAUCCCCAACAUCACAAUAAAUUCUGUGUAGCUGCAGCAGCACUUUCGGAUCAGAGAGUGAGGUUUCAGAUAUAUGCCUGUCUUGCAUGAAUCUGAUUGUAAAUUUGUUUUCUGAUUUUCAUCUUGUUGGAUUGUCAUUAAGAUUCUUCCUGUUGUACUGCAGACAUAACAUCUCUCUCAUCCAUGUGCUCGCCAUAUUGUCAGCUGGUGGAUGCCCUUUUUGAAACGGAGAUGGAUUAAAGAGACAAAACAAAGAAUUUGCAUUAACAUAUAUUUGCAGGAUAGGAGCUUCAAGAUUUGAUUUUUCAGGAACACAUACUGGGCAUGGCUGCCCAAAUUUUCCUUCUUAGCUUUCAUUACCAGUCCUAAAUGAUGCAACAGUGAAGUUCCAAAUUCAUUUUCCUUCAAGUCCAAUCAUAAUUAAGGGGACUUGAAUUGUACUCUUGCGGCAGCAAUGACUUAAUUGCAGGGAAGGUUCUAUUUUAUUAAAAGCAUCAAUUGCCAUAUUGUUUGUCAUCUUAACUGCAGGUAGCUGCAUUGUCUUAGCCUUAAAAGGAAGAAAUAAGUCCAAUAAAGAGUGAUUUAUCCUGUAAAGUUCACUAAUAUAAUUUCCUGUUACAU